AUGGCAAAAUUGAGUUGGGCCCAAAGGGUCAUUCUGACCUGCCUCAGCCUUUUGCUUGCUAAGAUAGGCUCAGUGCUGAACCUGGAGGAGGCUUUCUUCAAUGGGUACUUCAGCUUUGGAGCCAACUUGUCUAAUUUGUUUACGGACAAUCAUGUGAAGAUAAGCGAGUUGAAGAUAAAUGAUGCGUACCUGUUUGAUCCAUCUCCUCGAAUCGAUUUGGACUUGGCGUUAUCGGCCCUAAAGGGGAUGCAGUUCGAGAGAUCAAUUUUUAUUUCAACCAAGGGAGUAAGACUCAACAUGAAGAUCUAAAUGCGAGGGAAGAACGUUGCGAAGAAAUACAUAGCGAAGGUAUCUACAUUAUUUUUCUUCUUUUUAAUAUUGAAAAAUUUGUUGAGUUAUUUACCAACCAUGUUAUCCUCAAUCGUUUGUCUCAUCAUGACAUUUUAUUUUUACUCCAUAUCGAUGAACCCUUGCGAACAAAUACCAUUUUUAAAAAAUUCGAGCAUUAAAAAAGAACCCAUAGGAUGGGUUCUAAUCGUAUUUGCAGAAUCUAUAAUCAAUGGAAAUAUUUUAUACCAUGCUGUAUGUACCCCCCGAGUGUUAAUUAGCUUGUCCACCUAUAUACCAAGGUAUAUGAUAUUUUUACUAAUGAUAAGUAAUCUUAUAUCAGCAAAGAAGGCACAGAAUUUUGUAUUUUCCUUCACGUCAUCUUAUUUAAUUGUAUCUUGCUGUUCAUAUUUUUACAAUAUAUUUUCUCUAAGCUUGUGGAAGAAUACGAUGAUAUUUCAGAUCGAACCUAUGAUGUUUUUUUCAUACUCUCCUAAAUUUGUUUUUAAUGCUCAGAAUGUAAUUGCUUUGACUUUUAUGUUUGUAAUUACCGCCUUGUCUAUGUCGAUGCCUAAGCUGCUGAAAAUGACUAGGGGGUUCUUCUCUGCCCAGGGGGGGAAACGGAAAAAAAAAGGGGACUCCUCCUCUAGUGUGCGCGGUGCGUACGACAUUAUUCUGAAUUGCUUUGCUUGA